AUGAGCAGCGAUGAGGAGCGAUUGGUGUCAUUGACAUUUCGCAAAAACGAGGAUGAACUUUCGGUGGAUGAGAAUGAUGUGAGCUGUGGAGUUGGGACGAAGCAUAUCGAGGAUCGCAAGAGCAAAAAUCAUGUUGAUUUUGCCAAUCAGAACUUUGUUGAAACGACCGAAGAGGAGUCGGAUUUGUCGACGCCGACGGCCACCAGACCGCCGCUUGGAGGAACCAUCGACGGCGAUGAGACGCCAACGGCGCCUGACCCAGCGGCAAAGUACGCAAUGGCACAAACCAAGGAAGCGGAUUUGUCGCGACCGUCGGCAUUGCCGAAUAAUGAUGUUCCGAGCUCUUCAACUGUCAUUCCACCGCCGAAAUCAACAUCUUCAAAAUCAACAGGAACCCCAAUUCCGCCUCAACGUAAUCGCAAACGAAAGGUUUUAUUACCCUUGCUAUUAAUGAUGGCACGCAAAUCGGUAUCGGUUAUUGACUUUGAGACGAUUUUUCGAAAAACGAAACGUUCGAAUAGCGUACCGCACUUGAGGGAGGAGAUCGAGCAACAAACCGAUAUUGAACCCAUCAACGCUGUCCCUUUUCAAACUCUUAUUGUUAAGAAAUUGGCUUUGGAUAGGCCCAAGGUAACCGAACUACGAUGCUGCGAGAUCCGAUGGUUCUACCAAGAACCCAAGUCGAAUGUCUGGACGCCGCUCAAUGGCCGAGAUUCGCUAAUGCUGGAGAUCAAAUAUCGCAAAGAGCACGAUAUGCCUCUUGACGACGCUAUGCAGAAGAUCUAUGAUGAGAGUUUGAAGGAUUUUCAUAAAGGAACUAGUUGGACGACGGCUGAUGGAAAGAAGCCAAUGAUUGUUGUACUUAAUGGCCAAUAUGAAGUGAAUUAUAAUAACACCAAAAUAGAGCCAAUUUACUGGAAGGAUGAUACGAAGGAGAUUCGACGGGGAUCGUGGUUCACACCGGAUUAUCAGCCGCUUGAUAUGGCACUGAGUGAUCAAAUUGAGAAGAAUCAUUUGCAGUAUUUCCGUAAUCAGACAAUUCCAGAAGGGACAACGGUAUUCUCGAAAUCAGAGAAUAGCAAUAAGCCGAUCCUAGCCGAAUUGCACGCGGAUAGCUGCGAUAUUCGAUGGAAUUCUGUAAUCGACAUAUCCCUUCACCAAAAGGGAAACGCCAUUUUGAGAUAUCUUUGGGCAAAAUCGACCCCGUUGAGACGAGGAUAUGAGAAGGAGGCGGAAUGGGACGAUGCUGCUGCAGAAAUAUCGCACUUGAUUCUCGUGGUUCACGGCAUUGGCCAAAAAGGAUAUGAGAAUUUGAUUGCUCAGAAUGCUAAUCAGGUUCGCGAUGGCGUUGUCGCGGCAAUGGAAAAAUCGUAUCCGGAAGAGAAGACUCGUCCGAUUUUCCUUCCUGUCGAAUGGAGAUCGUCUCUGGUUUUGGACAACGGAUUGACCGAUAACAUCACGAUUCCCAAAAUGAGCAGCAUGCGUGCAUCACUUAACAGUACUGCCAUGGAUGUCAUGUAUUACCAAAGUCCAUUAUUCAGAACGGAGAUAAUUCGCGGUGUUGUGAGACAAUUGAAUCGGGUCUAUAAGUUAUUCAAAGCCAAUAAUCCAAAAUUUAACGGAUCGGUAUCGAUUUUUGGGCAUUCGCUCGGAUCAGUGAUUUGUUUCGAUAUCCUCACAAAAUACUCUCCAUUGAUGCUCUAUGACAAAUAUGUUUCCGAAUCGAUUGACGAAUAUUUGAAAAAUAGCGAUGAAUCGAACGAAGAAGCUAGAAAUGCUAUGCAAGCGUUGAAGCAUGCUCGCGAUCAAAUUCGCGAUACAAUUGAUGGAGGAAUUCAGAAGCUGUUGAUGACAAAAGAAGAGCAACUCGAUUUCAAAGUCAAGUAUAUGUUUGCUGUUGGAUCGCCUCUUGGGGUAUUCUUGACAAUGCGUGGAGCAGUUUCCACUGAUUUGCUUCCGAAGACUUCCAAUGUUGAACGAAUCUUCAAUAUUUUCCAUCCAUAUGAUCCAGUUGCCUAUAGAUUAGAACCGUUCUUCUGUCCCGAAUACAAGCAUAUCAGACCCAUCAAGUUGUUCUCGAGCACCGAUCUUCGCGGAAGGGCUUCAUAUGAUCACUUGCCAUUGGAUGUUUAUAAGCAUUAUUUGAAAAAGCUGAAAAGUCAGUCAAAGAAAGGAAAAGGUGAUAAGGAUGCGAGAAGUGGUGCCGACGAUGAUAUUGACGAGGAAGAUGAGUGUGAUUCCGAUGAGGACGCGAGAAGUGGAUAUUCGUCGCCACGCUCUAUGACACCGCCACCAGGUGAACGCGAGGCCGCUGGCGGCGGGCCGGCGAAGGAACCAAAAGCGGUUAAGAAAGGAUGGUUCUCGUUUGGAACAUCCAAUCCAAAGAAGACAACCAGCUCUGCGAGUUUGAAUGGAGCUGCGAAUGCGACGAGUCCGGUAACCGAUGCGAUCGAGAUAGCGAAAGAAGCGGAGCAAGAAUUGCCUCUUGCGGAAAGAAUUUUGGGUAGUGGGACUCGUGUACCACAUCGAAUCGAUUUUCAACUCCAGCCAGCGUUGACUGAAAAGAGCUAUUGGUCGGUGCUGAAAUCGCACUUUGCCUAUUGGACGAACGCCGACUUGGCACUGUUCGUUGCAAACGUUCUCUAUUGCAAGCCAGCGAAACCCGAAGAAGCAAAACAAUCGUGGGCUUAA